UUUAUUUUCUUCUUCAAAAUUUAAUUUUCAUCCUGUAAUUAAUUUAAUCUGUCUAACAGCUGUUGAAGUCUCUUUUUAAGUUAGCGUACAUAAUUUACAUUAAUUCUUAAAGCUUAGGCUAAAGCGCAACUACAUAAUUUUGAACUGUUAAACUUGUAAGAAAAAGUAAUUCAUAUCGUCCUGCAUGUUUUGGUUUUGGAGGCAAAACCAUAGAAGCAAAACAAGAUGUCACAUAUCGGCGAUAGUAGUUACGAAGAUUCACCGAAAAGAAUCAAAUAUGACAGACAGCUAAGAUUGUGGGAUGAUCAUGGGCAGUAUGCUUUAGAAGCGGCUCAUGUUUGUUUAGUAAAUGCCACUGCUACUGGAACAGAAAUUUUAAAAAGCUUAGUCUUACCUGGAGUAGGUGCUUUCACUAUUGUUGAUGGUCAUACUAUUGAAGGUAAAGAUGUUGGAAAUAAUUUCUUCCUUAAUAAAGAUAGUAUUGGCAAAUCUCGAGCUAAAGUCGCCACAGAGCAUUUACUUGAGCUUAAUCCAGACGUUCGGGGUGAAUUCGUUGAAGAAUCCGUGGAAAGUGUUCUUCAAGCUGAUCCUGAUUUUUUCACGAAGUUUACUGUUGUUAUUGCUACUGAUUUGAAAGAAUGCACUCUAUUAGGCUUAGCUGAUAAAUUAUGGAAUCUAGGCACUCCAUUACUGCUCUGUCGUGUUUUCGGAAUGGUGGGAUACAUGAGAUUACAGUUUACAGAUAGAGCCAUUAUAGAAUCCAGACCCGAAAAUGAGUUUCAUGAUUUGAGGUUAGAUCAGCCUUUUACUGAGCUAAAGGAGUUUGCUGAGUCUAUUCUUAUGGAAACGCUGUCUGAUAUGGAAUAUGCUCAUGUGCCUUUUGUGGUUAUACUUCUUAAAUAUGUUGAUUGGUGGAAAAGUCAAAAUAAUGGUCAAUUGCCUAAAAACAUGAAGGAAAAAAACCUUCUAAAAGCUGAAAUUAUGAAAGCCAUGAGAAAAAAAGACGAUGAAAAUUUUGAAGAAGCUUGUCGUGGCGUCAACAGGUUGGUGGCUAAAACGACCAUCCCUGGGGAAAUACAAGAUAUAUUAAAAGAUCCAUUAUGUGAUAACAUAACGAGUGAAAGCAAGCCAUUUUGGAUUAUGGCCAGAGCAUUGAAGGAGUUUGUUAAUAAUGAAGGUCAAGGUUGUUUACCUGUACGAGGGGUUAUUCCAGAUAUGACGUCGGACACUCAAAGUUACGUAAAUCUACAAAAUAUAUACAAAAGAAAAGCCGAAGAAGAUGCUCAUUUCAUAUACAAAAGGGUUCAAGAUAUCCUGAGCAGUAUUGGAAAAUCUCAAAAUUAUAUUCGUGAGCAAGAUAUCAAAGUGUUUUGUAAAAAUGCUCACUGCUUAAGAGUUCUGCAUGGACGUGCAAUCAAAGAUGAGUACAAUCCUUCUACAACUAAAGUUCAACCUUUGAUUUCUAAUUUAGAGCAUGAAGAUAGCGAUAUUAUAUUUUAUGUUCUUCUAAGGGCAUCUGAUAGAUUUCGUGAGGAGUUUGGCAGGUAUCCCGGCCAAACGGAUGACGUGGAAUCGGACAUUUUAAAUUUGAAAAAUUCUGUUGCCUCUCUUUUACAGGAAUUGCAGUGUCCGGCAGUUAUGAAAGAUGAUUAUGUGCACGAGAUGUGUCGUUUUGGUGAUUCGGAGCUUCACUCUGUGGCUGCUUUUGUUGGUGGCUGUGCUGCACAUGAAAUUAUUAAAUUAAUUACUGGACAAUAUGUACCCUUUAAUAAUACAUUAAUUUAUAACGCUUUGAGUCAAAGUACCUCUGUUUUUUACUUAUAAAUGAGCAUAUGUAUGAUAAAAAUUAUAUUCUUAAUUUACUACUUCUUUAGCUAUAUUUAAAAUGCUUAAUAAUUUGAUUCA